CCCAUGUUCUCAUAACACCUUCAAUACUGGGCCAUCAAGUGAGGGGCGCCUACAAGCAAAAUUCGCCAUGUCUCUGCUUCGAUUCCGACUCUGGAUACGAAGCCUUCAGGCUGCAUUUGUGAUCUCAGCCACCAUCUUCAUUAUCCUGAUCUCAUCCCAGCUCUACCUCCAAUCGCACCAUGGGGGGUCCUGGAACCACUUCAGCAGCCACGACGAGGCUUUUGGGGCGAGCGGGUCGGGCUGUACGCCCCGCCAGGUCGGAAAAGCUUUAUCCAGCGCUGCGAUCCGGUGCAAGAUUGAAGCCGCGCAGUCGCGCAUGGCGCAUUUCCUCGAGGCGCAAUCGCGCACGCCCGAAGCGGCCAUCGCCGAGUACGAACGGCGCUACCGUCGACCGCCACCCCCCGGCUUCCGGGAAUGGGUGCAAUUCGCCCUGGACCACGACUCACGCGUGAUUGACGAUUUCGAUCAGAUCGAGAUCGACCUCCAACCCUACAGGACCGACGAGGCCCGGCGCGUCUUCCAUCGGCUUAACGAGAAACACCAGGGAGACUGGCCGUACACCCGGCGCGUGGCCUUUGUGGAAGGCCAUGUCAAUGCCUCGGGAGAUAUCCGGUACGGUCGCGAAUGGGCCAGUCUCGUCGCCCCCUUCGCACAUGCCUUGCCGCGUAAUCUCCUGGUCUACAUAAACCUGAUUGACGAGCCCCGCGUGCUCGCCAAAGCCGGUGGGGUGUACCCGGCCGACAACGUGACCUUCUUUGACCAUCGAGGUCGAUCCAUCGAGCGGCUGAUCCAGGAAUCCUGCACGCAGGUGGCGCACCAUCAAGUAGACCAGGAACGCGAUGUCUGCCAAUCCCGGGAGCCGGGGAAGCUGCACGGCUUCAUCGCCUCUCCCAGCACCUUCAGCUACACGCACGCGCGCGCGCCCAUCCUGAGCUACGGGCGCAUGGCCCCCUUCCGCGACAUCCUGAUCCCCUGCCCCUUCUACGUGGACAACCCGGUGGAAGAGCAAAAGACGGAAGCGGACUCGGUCCCCUUCCUCGACAAGCAGAACGCGGUUUACUGGCGGGGCCGGUCGACGGGGGGUCACGCGCUGCGCACGACGUGGUGGUACGGCCAACGCCAGCGGUUUGUGGGGUUCGUGCACGCGCUGCAGCGGGCGGCGGAGGUGCUCGAGAUGAGUCGGUAUUUCGGCGGUGCUGGCGGUGCUGCCGCUACUGCUGCCGCCGCAUCAGUCCUCCGGCGCGGGGACGAACGCACCACCCACGCGCUGCGGAAUGCCUUCGACGUGCAGAUGGGGGCGUACAUCCAGUGCCCCAACGAGGUGUGCAGCGACAUGGAGCGGGUGCUGGGUCCGGCGCACUACGAGGGCCAGGAGGCCGAGCGGCAGUUCCGCUACCUCUACGACCUGGACGGAAACAGUAUGAGCGGCCGGUUCUAUCAUCUGCUCUCGCAGCGCGCCGUCGUGCUCAAGCAGACCUGGUUCCAGGAGUGGCACGACGAGCGUCUGCUCCCCUGGGCGCACUAUAUCCCCGUCACGAUGGGCAUGGAGGAGCUGCCCGCCGUGAUGGACUUCUUCAUCAAUGACCCCGAGGGCGAGCGCCUCUCCGCGGAGAUCGCUGAGGCCGGGUCCACGUGGUCGCGUCGCGUUUUGCGUGAUAUUGAUAUGUCCAUCUACGUCUACCGGUUGCUGCUGGAAAUGGCAGCGAUCUUUGGGCCCCUGGACUUGGACGAGGAGGUUUUCGAGACUUUGAAAGAGCAGUUGCUCUAGGACGGAGAAGUGGGUGUCCCCUGUUCUCCAGGAUAACAUAGGGCAAGCUUUCAGAUCCCCUGCGAAAUGAGCCGUUUAAUUAAUUAGUGCACAAUUUGAUCUGGGCU